AGUAAAAUAACGCGCAGUCUCUCGCGCUGUGUUAUUUGGCAGCGGUGUCAAAACUCGGUAUUUGAGGACAUUCGAGCGAACUCCACGAAAAGAUUGAAAGCCGGAGUCGCGAUUUCGGGAGGCUUCGCAAGAUCGCGAGCGGCGACUUGUAAUUUUUCUCAUCGAGAUAUACGAGUCAGCCGCUUGCCUUUAAUUAAAAUUUACCCUCGGCCGGAGAAACGCAAACUCGUAUUUUCCUUCGUCGAAUUUCCGUAUUCCAACUCUGUGCCUCAAAUACUCGCGAUCGUUAUCUCCAGUUCUGAGUUCUUUAAUUAAGUCUUCUUCUUUGUGCGCAUAAUUUCCGAGUACACAACGUACCCGAGACGCGUUCAUCUGUAAUUGUUAGACAUCGUGUUCUCGUUCCCAAUAUGGCGUACUCAAGUCAUAUAAAUUAUCGUUAUGAAGCAUCAGCAAAUAACUGUAGACAUGGUAAACAUGGUGUUUACCGCCUGCUCAUACUUGGCGCUCGCUGGUGCGGUUUGGAUUUUCUUGCGGCUCAUUCAGGCCUGCUUCUGGCUGCCGAAGCACUUGAAGAGGCAGAAUGACGUUCAGAAGAUGUUGCAGGACAAGGUGGACAGCUACGAAAAGUACGUGUUGGAGUGCGAGGAGAAGGAAAAGUCCGAGAUGCUGGACCAGAUCGACGACGAGAAGAAGAGCCUCGAGAUGUCGGAGAAGUGGAAGGAACGAAGGGAAUGCCUGGACAUGUUGAAGCGCGAGCUAGAGAGAGUCCGCGAAGGCAAGGAUAUGUCCGACUGGGAUAGCCUGCUGGACGAGGAGCUGAAGAAACACGCGGAGGAAUUUGACUCUGAGAAAACUGCCGAGGAGGAGGACGAGGAGAAGGAGGAAGAGAAGCAGCAGCAGAAUAAUUCUAAAAACAAAAUCAACAAAGAGAACAGCAAGAGCGAGAAUGAGGGCAAAAGGAUGUUCGAAGUGGAUGCCGAGCUGAAGAAGAAGAAGUAACAUUCGUCAAGUGCCUUAAAAGUGCCUUAAUGAGACUCUUACGAAAGUUUUUGUUGAACCACUUUAUGAUCGUUUGCAUCGAUACACACAGAGGGAUACACGCGCAAACGAAAAGCUGUACUGAAAGUUCAUGAUUGAUGAUUAAACAAUCGGGAGCGGAAAAUUGCUCGAUCUGAUUAUCUGAAUCCUUCGAUGAGAAUGCGUGUACACAUUUCUAUUCUUUGAUUAAUAAUCUAACUCACAAUUUAGUGUAUUUAUUACUAUAGAGAGAAAGAUAGAGUUUCUGUGUGCCUAUAUAUAUAUAUAUAUAUAUAUAUAGAUUAUAAAGUUUUAUUAUGAAUUUUAAUUGAAUGUCUCACACGAACGACAUGUAUUUGCGACAAUUCUGAGAAUUAUGUACGAUCAAUGUAAGGAUCUUUCGUAGUGACGACCGCACAUUGCGGAUCAAAGAGGGGAAUAAAGUUUUAUUUAAGCGCACAUGUAAACACGAUGUUCUCGAGAAAAGGCAGGAAAAUUAACCGAAAAUUACAAAAAUAUAUAUAUUCCAAUAAAUAUCUUCUUUGCAA